CCUGUGUCUGAGUGAAAUACAGUGUAAGGAGGAGCCACAACAGCGAGGAGGAGAAAUAAAACGACCCCUCUCUCUCCUGCACCACAAAUUAACUACAACUCCCAGCAGGCCAUGGGCUUGGGACCCUUUUCGCAGUGCCUUGUGGGAAAUGUAGUUCGUGUAUCCCUGCGCUGUAGGUAGAACUACCUAUUGUCACACUCCGCUCUGAGACACAGCGAGACUUGGAGCACAUGGGCCGGAAGUGGAGUGACGCUAUUUCCGGUUGGCGGCAGAGAGAAUGAAAAGGUCAAAGAAAGUAACGGAUAGAGCGACGGUGGGGAACAAGCAAAUCCCCCUGAGUGAGAGAAUCCUCAGCGUCACACUGGAGAUUGUCUAUUUGCUGACAGGACAGGACUAUGUUGUGAGUAAGGGUCCCAGUGCCGGGGUCGUACAGAGCUGCAGUGACUGUUUGUUGGACGGAUUCUGCCAGCGCCACAUUCCAACCGUGUCCCAUUCCUCCCGCUCCGUCUUACACAAGGAAAAUGCCCGAAAGCUCCUGGAACUCAUCUCCAACAUCUUUCACAUGCUGACUGAGGAGGUUGCCAUAAGGCACGAGGAAUCGGGCAACUACUUUUCCUCAGAGGAGUGGGACUAUUUAAGGGGAAACCACAUGUUUUACACAGACGUAAUUAAGGAGAAUCCCCAGCAGCUCCACUCACCAGAUGAUGAUAAUGAAGACUGUAGCCAUAUUGGCGCUAAUGUGGGAUCAGAUUUGUGCCGUACAAAUAAAGCGGGUGCAAAGCAGACUGGCGCUGGGAUGGAAGAGGCACAUCUCAUGGAGUGUGAGCAGAGAUACAGCACUUUAUCCCAUUGCAUCAAGCAGGAGCCCGACAUAGAGGAAGAGGCUCUGGCAAUGAACAUGGAAACACAAAUGUUACCCGCUGCUGUCAAACAAGAACCCGACUCUUCCACUAGUGAUGCGAGAAGCAGCCCCUCUGCACAUUAUAUAUCCGACGGUGUUAAAGACGAGUCCAGUUCCUGGGAAGAAGGAGAAGAACAUUCCAACUGCAGAAUUUAUCCUCUUACAGAACACAUUCACGAGUCAAACACGUCUCCUAAUAUCAGAUGCAGGCUUAAUAGCCGAUUAUCUGAUAAUUACGAGUCGGAUAAAUCUAAUAUCAGAUGCAGGCUUAAUAGUCGAUUAACUGAUAAUUACGAGUCAGAUAAAUCUAAUAUCAGAUGCAGGCUAAAUAGCCGAUUAUCUGAUAAUUACGAGUCUGAGGAAGAGAAGGAAGGGUCGGGUUCUUGGGGAGAAGGUCAGUCCGAUUACAGUAGUAACACCAUAAUAGAUACUGAUACCGCUGCUCCCAGCAUAGGCUCCAACCUCAUGAACACUUUCUCUGAAGCAGAAAUAAAUGAAUUUGGCGACACCUUCCCUUAUGCAACGGCCAUCACUUCUCACCUGAAUGCCCUGCAGGCGGCUCGUGGCUGUGCCAUUUGCUUCAAGCAUUUCAAUAGUAACAGAGAUCUCGCCCGGCACAUGAGAACUCACACGGGGGAGAAACCCUUCAUCUGCUCCGACUGCGGCAAAUGCUUUAACGACAGCUCCAUUCUCAUACGGCACAUGAAAAUCCACACGGGAGAGAAACCCUUCUGUUGUCCUCAGUGUGGGAGAAAGUUUCGCCGUCGCGCCCACCUCAUUGUACACGAGAGAACUCACACCGGGGAGAAACCAUUCACUUGCCCUGAGUGUGGCAAAAGCUUUGCCCGUCGCUCUCACCUUAUGGAUCAUCGUAUCAUUCACAAUGGAGAGAAAAAAUACUCCUGCCCCGAGUGUGGCAAAUGCUUUGGACUUCAGGGCUACCUCAAUAAACACUUCAAAAUCCACACAAUUAAAGUUUCUGUUCCCUGAUGGCAAAUGUUCUGUAGGUUUGGACUUUUCACACAGAUAAUGUUACAGUAGAAAUGCGAGUAAUUAUGGGGGAUAACCAGUAAGUGGUGCUGAUAUUGGGUCAGUUUCUGCCCAUAUUUUUUUACUGUUAUUAGAGAAAACAAGUGCACAAAUAUAUGUACAUUUUAGUAUUCGUGUUGCUCGCUGGAUCCCCAUGUCAUUGAGUCAUAUGAUGUAUUUUCAGUACAGAUACAAUUCAAAUCUAUAUAUUUCCCCGUGUCUGGGGCUUGUUUCAUGCAAUCUGCUGGGGUAGGCGCCACCUACCAAUAGUAAAAGAAUCAUUUUUUAAA